AUGACGUCCCCCAAAGUUGCUUCCAUUGAGUACAACUCACAUUGCAAGACAUGUUUCAUUACAUUACCUGCAAGCCUUGCUGCACAGUAUCAUCGAGUUGAAUGUGCUGCUUUUGAAUUACAAUGGGCAAAUGACUGUCAGGCAUAUAUGAGUUGGGGCGGUGAGAUAACAAGGGAUGGAAAAGAUGAGGCAAUUAUAGAAAUUAAUGGUCUUUAUGCAAAUAAAUUAGGUUUGCCUAAUGGUCAAGAGGUAUUGUUAAAACCUUUAUGCAGUGUGCCUUCUUGUAGUACGGCCAAUAUUGAACCAUUGUCUGUAGAUGACUGGGAAAUAUUGGAACUGCAUGCUGGUUAUAUAGAGUCCCAGCUACUCAGUCAGUUAAGAAUUGUAUGGCCUGGUCAAGUCUUCCCAGUGUGGAUCAAUAAAAAUAUUUGUAUUUUCAUGAAAAUAGAUCAAAUUAUGCCAACUGCCACAUGCUAUGCGAAACUAGAGCAACACACAGAGGUUAUAGUGGCACCCAAAUCUAGGCUAUCUGAAAGUUUCAAUAAACCCACUAGACACCAACACCAAUUGGAACCAAAACCAAAGUCAAAAUCGCUUCUUGAAGCAUCCACUCAUGGUUCUGUUGCCAAUGGUUCAAUGGAUGGUGUCAACUCGUGUUCAACAUUGCGCAAUUCAGAACUACCUGGGAAUGGUUCACAUGGAAAAGAGAGAUUAGAAAGUGUGGACCAUGUUAGAAAAUAUGGUUUGAUUCUUGAGAAUGGACGUUUGGAGUGGUCUCUCUACCCGGCAUGGUAUGCUUCAAAAAUAUUUAACUAUGUCAGAAAAAUUGUGUCAUCUCCAGAGGUUGAACGAAAUGAAACAAAAGGGAAAAAAGAGGAUGUCGAUGAUGACGAAGAUGUUGAUGAAGAAAUUGAUCUUAGCGAUGUUGACCUGGUAGUGAGAGUGCAUCCAAUGUGUGACAGUACAAUUGUCACUGAAUCGCUAAGCCGACCACCAUCUUAUGCUCAACAGCUGACACAGCAAGCGUUGUCCAAGGUAGAUCUUGGUCCACUGGAGGCAGACCCUAGUGAUAAUUACUCGCAUUUGAUGCAGCCUACCACAGUGUUUGUAAAGCGGAAUACUCUUCUCAACGCCAUGGCCAGUGAGGAAAAGAAAAGUCAAGUGAGGAUGCUGUUGGAUACGGAUCACUGUAGCUUCUUAGCCCUGUUGACGAGAUUGUCAUCCCCAAAAGAGAGAAUGGAAGAGAUGAGAAAAAAGAUCCUUGACAACGAAGAGAAGAGUAAGAAAAAAGAAACAGUCGCAGAUGAAAAGAAAGUCGCUGAGAAAAAGAGUAAAGACCCUGAGAAAAUAGCUGAGCAGCAGUCAUCUUUUGUCGUGCGAAUCAUCGUGUACAACGACGAGUUCAGUAUUCACUCUGGUGAUGAAUUCAAAUCUGUUUCCAUGGUACCGUCUGAUUACCUACAGGGUGAUUUUGUACAAGUUCAAGAUCUUCUGCGCCGACAAUUGAACUUGGAAGUGACAAGUAAAGUAUGGUUACAUGGGUUGAAGCAUGAGGCAUCAAAUAUAUCGAGUAUUCAGCUGCAACCAUUCACAAAACUGCCGGAAGACAUAAAGAAAGAGGAGAUACUAUAUUCAUUUCAACAUUGGUUGACAUGUGUGUCCUGCAUGAUAUAUCCACUUCCUGUCAGUCAAGAAACAUUGGUCCGGUUUCCUGUAUCCAGGGCUGCAGAUAUUUAUGCCGAAUUCAUGUUAUUUGUGAAAUCAAACACAAAAGAAGACAAUGAAUACUUCCUUUUGCAUCCAUUUAUCGCAAGAAAAGUAACACCAUCUGUCAAUCUAAUACCAUACACCCAACCUGUGACACUUCCCAGAAUGCCAUGCAAUAGUGUGAGUGAUAUUGAUUCCACCAUAAUAACACCACGACUAAGGAAUCUUGGCGGUGUUAAUGACAUUGGUCAGCAAGCAUUAGAUCAUUUAAGAGCAAGUCUGAACAUACGACCACUGGCUAAUUACAUAUGCAAAUCAACCAGUGGACUACUGAAUGGUGGACUACUGAUCUAUGGCCCUAAAGGUAGUGGUAAAUCGUCGCUUGGACGAGCGUUGUGUCGAGAGCUUCACGAGUGGCCUUAUUUAUGUCACUGUGUCAUCAUAGAGUGUAAACAACUCAAAGGAAAGAGAGUGGAAUCAAUACGUAAGAUCUGGGAGGAAGCCUUUCGUGAAGCAUUCUGGAGAGAGCCUGCUAUCAUCUUAUUGGACGAUUUAGAUCAUGUGACUAGUGCACCUCUGGGGCCUGAAGAGGAAGUGGGCCCUGAAGCUGUUUAUAAUACAAGAAUAGCACAGUGUAAGUACACACUAUUAUAA